AUGAUCGGAAGUGAUUAUACAUUGGAAUUAUGCAACGUAUUCCACUCUGGACAAGUGGAGCCAGGAAGUUUCUUCCAGCGUAUGACAGGCAGCGUCAAGACGGGAGUCAUAUUGAAAGAUGUUUCCUUCAUCACACACAGUGGGGAAGUCACAGCUAUACUUGGCUCCAAAGGUAGUGGUAAACGCGCUCUUCUCGACGUAAUAAGUCGCAGGGUACCUUCAAAAGGCCACGUACUGCUGGAAGGUCUGCCGCUGGAUAAAGAACAGUUCAUGAAUACCUGCGCGUUAGUGCGACACUCAACCAAACUGAUGCCAGGCCUCACUGUUCAACAAACACUAUCGUUGUCGCUCACUAAAAUCUCCGGAUACUUGAAGGCUUCGAAGGUGAAGCAAGUAAUGGCUGACUUAGCACUUUCACAGGUAGCGAACAAAUGCGUUACGAGUCUCACUAAGAGCGAAUACAGGCGGCUUGUAAUCGGGGUACAACUUAUACGAGAUCCGAUUAUUUUACUAUUGGAUGAACCGACCUGGGACCUGGAUCCACUCAACACGUACUUAGUGAUUUCCAUUCUGUCCAACGCCGCCAAGAAGUACGGCACAACCAUCAUACUCACCAUGGAGAAACCGAGAUCUGAUGUCUUCCCUUUCCUAGACAGGGUAGUUUACUUAUGUCUAGGUGACGCGGUAUACGCGGGACCUACACGCGCUCUGCUAGACUAUUUCACCGGCAUUGGAUUCCCGUGCCCACAGCUUGAAAACCCACUUAUGUAUUACCUGUGUCUGUCAACGGUAGACCGUCGUUCUCGCGAACGCUUCAUAGAGUCGAACCAUCAGAUCGCAGCCCUGGUGGAGAAAUUCAAAACCGAAGGAGUUCCUCACGAACACGGAAGGAGCAACCCUAACAAGAUACAGAUGAACUACGGAAAACCCAGCGGCGUGCGAGUUAUAUGGAUGCUAUACUUACGCACGCUAGCAUCUAUAUUCAAUUUAAGGAAACACGGCAUCAAACAAAUGUCCAUGAGACUCUUGGUUAUGCCGAUUUACUUUUUCAUACUUUGGAUCUUCUAUAACGACGCUAAGGACUAUCAAAGAGCUUUCAUAACAAAGAGUGGUCUCAUAUUCAACGCUAUGACCGGCACGUACUUCAUCAGUAUAUUGAACACGAUAUGUUUGUUCGGUCCUUACCGGUCUCGUUACUACUGUGAGAGCGAGGCGGGCGUGUACUCCGGGGCCAGCGCACUUCUUGCCUGGUCACUGGUUUCAUUACCAGCCUCGCUAUUAACAAGCCUCGCCGCAGCCGCUAUAGUCUAUCCGAUAUUGGGAGACAUAUCUGAAGGUAUGGCCUUCCUACAGUUCGCUCUGAUCCUAUGGUCGUGCUACAUCUAUGCUGAACAACAGACGAUAGCCAUCAUGAUGUUCGUUAAGGACGACCUAAUCACCGCCCUCAUCAAUAUAUACAUUACCUGCGUCUACGUUAUACUCGCGAGUGGAGUGUUGAGAUCUUACAAAGGCUACGAGGAUUGGAUGUUCUAUCUAACAUACUUGACACACACUCGGUACGCUUCAAUAUUCCUACACAGGAGUGUCUUCAAGCAACCCACAUUCAACAUUCUUCCAUACAGUGACAAUGAGAACUGUACAUCCAUAACAAAUCUCAUACAAACAUCAUCUAAUAUUAACGCAAACUCCAACGCUAAUUGUCGUUAUCCAAGCGGUAAAGCCUUCUUAACUGAACGUUUCACGCCAAAGAACUACGCUGGCGACAUCUAUCAGAGUGGAGAUUUUAAUAUGGAAUUCAAUUUAGGUAUUUCCUUCGCAUUCUCAUUGGGAAUUAUUAUUCUUAAUAAAUUUCUGUACUUAAUACCGCUACCCGGAUAUAUUGUGGAUAAAUUUAGGGAAUAG